GAAGGUUUCAGCGGACACACACAGUGGAAAAAGAAGAAGAAGGGGGGACCCGCACAUCAUGAUCCGAGACCUCAUCAUCGCGUGAAGGAGCCGAGCAGUCCAGAUCCUCGAGUCCAGCUCUCAGCUCUCAGCUCUGAGGCAUCAUGAUUCCUGUGAUGGAAUUCCGGCAGUUCUCUGAACAGCAGCCUGCGUUCAGAGUCCUGAAGCCGUGGUGGGACGUGUUCGCCGACUACCUGUCUGUCAUCAUGCUCAUGAUUGGCGUCUUUGGAUGCACGCUGCAGGUAAUGCAAGAUAAGAUCAUAUGCCUCCCUCAGAGAAUGUCACCGCCUUCAGAGAACUCAAGCGACAUGGAAGUGAAGUCCCUGUCACACCUGCAGCCCAACAUCUCAGCGGUGCCAAGAGAGAUGACAGGUCGGAAAAACGAUCUGGACCUCCAACAGUACAGUUUCAUCAAUCAGAUGUGUUAUGAGAGGGCUCUGCAUUGGUAUGCCAAGUACUUUCCUUAUUUGGUUCUUAUACACACUCUUGUCUUCAUGGUGUGCAGCAACUUCUGGUUCAAAUUCCCCGGCUCGAGCUCUAAAAUAGAGCAUUUUAUCUCUAUGCUUGGCAAGUGUUUUGACUCUCCCUGGACAACGCGAGCUUUGUCAGAGGUAUCUGGAGAAAAUACUGAAGAAAAGGACGAUAAGAAGAGCGGCCCGUCCAGGUCCAACAUCACUAUGUCUCCUGGAGAGGGAAGUUUCGAGAAGACGCAGUCACUCCGAUCGAUCCCGGAAAAGAUAGUUGUAGCCGAAAAGCCAUCGGCAAGUGUUCUUGAUAAAAAAGAAGGUGAACAAGCUAAAGCUCUUUUUGAAAAGGUGAAGAAGUUCCGUUUGCACGUCGAGGAGGGCGACAUCCUGUAUGUUAUGUAUGUUCGGCAGACCAUGUUCAAGGUGUUUAAAUUCCUCCUGAUCAUUGCCUAUAACAGCUUUCUUGUGAAUGCAGUGCAGAACAAAGUGGACUGCAAUGUCGAGAUCCAGGAAAUGACAGGCUACAAACACUUCUUGUGUAAUCACACCAUGGCUCACCUAUUUUCUAAGCUUUCUUACUGCUACCUGUGUUUGGUGGUGGUCUACGGAUUAACAAGCCUCUACACCUCUUACUGGCUGUUUUACUGCUCACUGAAAGAAUACUCCUUUGAGUACGUGCGACAGGAAACAGGCAUCAGUGACAUCCCAGACGUCAAGAACGACUUUGCUUUCAUGCUACACUUGAUUGAUCAGUACGACCCGCUGUAUUCCAAACGAUUCGCAGUUUUUCUCUCCGAGGUCAGUGAGAACAAGUUGAAGCAGCUCAACCUCAACCACGAGUGGACUGCUGAGAAACUGCGUCAGAGACUCCAGACUAACGCCAACAACAGACUGGAGCUUCAGCUGUUCAUGCUCCCCGGGCUGCCCGACACUGUCUUUGAGUUGACUGAGCUGGAGUCACUCAAGCUCGAGAUCAUCAACAAUGUCACCAUCCCUGCCUCUCUGUCUCAGCUGGAGCACCUUCAGGAGCUGUCACUUUACCAAUGCUCUUUAAAGUUGCACACAGCAGCUACCUCCUUCCUCAAAGAGAACCUGAAAGUGCUUCGUGUGAAGUUUGACGACCACAGGGAACUUCCGAACUGGAUGUUCGGCCUUCGCAACUUAGAGGAGCUCUAUCUCACUGGAUCUCUUAUCCCCGAUGCCUCCAAAAAUACAGUUUUUGAGUCACUGCGGGAGAUGAAGUGUUUGAAAAUGCUCUCCCUCAAGACUAAUUUGACCAAGAUACCCCAGUCCAUAGUGGAUGUUUCAAGCCACCUGCAGCGACUGUACUUACACAAUGAUGGCACAAAGCUAGUUAUGCUCAACAACCUGAAAAAGAUGUCCAAUCUGAUCGAGCUCGAGCUGGUGCGAUGUGAUCUCGAGCGCAUCCCGCACGCGAUCUUCAGCCUGACGAAUCUGCAAGAGAUUGACCUGAAAGAGAACAACCUCCACUCAAUAGAGGAGAUUAUCAGCUUCCAGCAUCUUCGAAAGCUCACCUGCCUUAAACUUUGGUACAACGGUAUCAUGUACAUCCCAGAGCAUAUCAAGAAGCUUGGCAGCUUAGAGCGCCUCUACUUCAGCCACAACAAGAUCGAGAUUUUGCCUUCGCACCUGUUUCUGUGCAACAAGCUGCGCUACCUGGACCUGUCCAACAACGACAUCCGGUUCAUCCCUCCGGAAAUCGGAGUCCUGCAGAGUCUACAGUAUUUCUCCGUCACCUGUAACAAACUGGAAAAUCUACCAGACGAGCUCUUCUUCUGCAAAAAGCUUAAAACACUAAAGCUCGGCAGAAACUCUCUGUCCAUUCUCUCACCAAAGAUAUCCUACCUUGCUCUGUUGACAUAUUUGGACCUCAAAGGGAACCACUUUGAGCAUCUGCCACAAGAGCUCGGUUGCUGUCGUGCUUUGAAGCGCAGUGGCCUUAUAGUGGAAGAGACACUGUUUGAAACUCUGCCUUCAGAUGUCAGGGACCAAAUGAAGGCCGAGUGAACUGCCUUACUGUAGCCACAGUGCCUGCUGUAUGUUCUGUCUACCAAUGCAGAGCAUUUGUUUUGUAUGAAGUCAUUACCAUACUUAGGUAUUAUACUACUGUUAAAUAAGUUAAGAGCUAUUUUGUUCAGUUUCCUUAAAGGAGGGAAUUGUAUUGUUACAUGUGUUAGAGUGUGCUCCGACCGCAGAGCUCGCUGUGUUAUUAAGUUCUUAAGUUCUUGUUAUUAAGACAUAAUAUGUUCACUUUGUUGCUGAGAGUUACAUGAAAGGAUUUAUAUUAGUCUCAGAUCUGUAUGUUUAGGUGUAAUUUGUAAAAGCUAGCUCCAAAACUCAACGUAGGCAACGAGGCUCCCUUUGGACUAUCUCCUCUUGUGGUACAGAAGGGUAAAACAAGAAAGGACAGGGCGGGGGCUUACGGGUUAGAACGCACACAGUACAUAGACAUCUUUUACACAACGUCAACGCUGUUGUUUAUCACACUCUGUUGAUAAUGUUAGUUUAUUUUUUUAAUGUUUUAAACUGAGAUUAUGGCCAUAUCUUACGCAUUGCUCCUUUAAAAUCUGACUUAGCACAUGAUAAGCUUAGCUUAGCUUAGCACAAAGACCGGAAACAGGAAGAAACAUCUUGCCUGGCUCUGCCCAUAGGUGAAAAAAAAAAAAACAUACCUACCAGCACCUCUAAAGUUGGUUGGUUGCUGGUUGACAGACACUGGUCAACAUAGCACAGGGCCAAGCUACAGUAGCUGUUUCCCCUGGCUUCAAGUAUUUAUGCUAAGCUAACUGUCUGCUGGUUGUAGCUUUAUAUUUUGCUUGGAGACAUGAAAGUGAUACUAAUCUUCUCAUCAUACUCUCAGUAAAAAGAUAAUACUCGUAUUUUCCAGAAUAUCCAACUUAUUUUUAAGCACAUUUCUUGUCACUGCUACAUAAAAAAAACAAAAACAUUUGAGUGCUGAAUGUAAAUCUAAACUAAAGACCUCACUGAAAUGUAGGCCAGAGGCCUUAUAUAUGCUGUAUUUUAUAUAUUUUAUGUUGCUGUAAUGAAGCGUUUUGUUUUAAUCAAGAGAAAGUUAGUUUGUAUAGACCGCAGCAGGGAAAAUGCAAAAAACAAUAUAUCAUAAUCAUAACUCUGUAACAGACAGAUGACAUUUCAAAGUGCAUUAAACUUGAGGGACUAUGCCA